AUGGAUAACAGCGCCCGCGCUGGCAAUCCCGCCCAGAAUGGACCCGCCAAUGCAGCGCGGACAGCGAAUGCGCCCAAGGUGCAGCAGCCGAAACCGCAAGCCCUUCCAUCCCGAUCGGGCCCAAGUUCGAUCUUGGUUUCGCCGCGACAGAAGGGCAACCCUCUCCUGAACAAUGUGCGCUCGGUCGCAUGGGAGUACUCGGACAUUCCUGCCGACUAUGUGGUCGGUGCGACAACGUGUGCAUUGUUCUUGUCGCUCAAGUACCACCGCCUGCACCCAGAAUACAUCUACAAUCGCAUACGCGACCUCAAGGGCCAGUACAAUCUGCGCAUCCUGCUCACGAUGGUGGACAUUGAGAACCACGAGGAGCCGCUGAAGGAACUGUCCAAGACGUCACUGGUCAACAAUGUUACCGUGAUGCUGUGUUGGAGCGCCCAGGAAGCCGGGCGCUAUCUCGAGCUGUUCAAGACUUUCGAGAACGCUGCACCGACGAGUAUUCGGGCCCAGCAGUCUUCUACCUACUCGGAGAAGAUGGUCGAGUUCAUCACAGUGCCACGCAGCAUCAACAAAACGGACGCAGUCGGUCUCGUCUCAAAUUUCGGCAGUAUUCGCACCGCUAUAAACGCUGGGCCGGAGGAGAUUGGCUUGAUUGCAGGCUGGGGAGAGAAGAAGGUUCAGCGCUGGUCCAACGCCGUGAGGGAACCUUUCAGGGUCAAGAAGGCGGCUAGAAGAGUCCUCAAUCGCGAAGAUACGCGGGCCACUAUGUCAAGAGACCUGUCCAGGGCCGACGCUGAACACCAUAUGCCCAUAGAGGAGGAUUCCACAAGCGUGGCACGCGAACGAGUGGAUCAGGUGGUACCACUCCCAUUGGAGAUGCAAUCGGCUGCACCGGCCAACUCUUCCGUUCCAGACGCAGACAGGAGACCGGAUCAUCGUCCUGCAGAAGAGAUGGACAAUCUUCGGCUUGCUGAUGAUGAGGCUAUCAUGCCACCAAUAAGAAAGGAAGAAGAACUAAGCGAUGGUGUCAUGGCAGCGCUAAAACUGCUGCCCACAGAGCUCCAGCUCGAGGUAUUUAGCCACCUUGACAAUUCUGACCUCAAGGCCGCAAGGGCUGUAUCAAGGAAACUUCGAGAUAACGCUUCUCCCGCGCUCUUUCGUUGCGUGAUUGCGUGCGCUCGAUAUGUUGCAAUGGGAUCAUUGCAGAAUAUCUCGUUGAACCCUGUGCUCCAAAAAUACGUCAAAGCGAUCAUCUUUGAUGGUUCUAUCUACAAUGCUGCGAUUUCCAGUGGAAAGGAAUUGUACGAAAACUAG